CGGGAGAGAGGAGGGGCCGUAGAGAAUGGCUUUAAAAUGAGUUCAUUCUCCCCUCCCCUCCGCUCAGCUCAGCUCCACACACCAAUUCCUGAAUCGGAAUCAAGAUCUCCUCAAAUCGUCUUCAAGAGAGCUUCAAUUAUGGGAAGCGAGGCUAAAAUCCAAAGAAAACCUAGAUUUCUCUGCCUCCAUGGCUUCCGAACCAGCGGACAAAUCCUCAAGAAGCAGGUCGGAAAAUGGCCAAGUUCUGUCCUCGAUAACUUCGAUCUCCAUUUUCUCGACGCUCCGUUCCCCGCAGAAGGAAAAUCCGAUGUUGAAGGAAUUUUCGAUCCUCCCUAUUUCGAGUGGUUUCAAUUCAGUGCGGACAUGAUGGAAUAUCAGAAUUUCGACGAGUGUCUCUCAUUCAUUGAGGAUUACAUGCUGAAGCACGGACCAUUCGAUGGAUUCCUCGGUUUCUCGCAGGGGGCGAUAUUAUCGGCCGCGCUGCCGGGACUUCAAGAGAAGGGUAUUGCGUUGACGAAAGUCCCCAAGAUUAAAUUCGUCGUCAUCGUCAGCGGUGCGAAAUUCAGAUCGCCAUCUCUGGCGGAAAAAGCUUACUCGCCAUCCAUUGGAUGUCCAUCCCUCCAUUUUCUAGGUGACGAAGACUUCCUGAUGCCCCAUGGAUUGAAGCUGCUGGAAUCUUAUAUUGAACCAUUAGUAAUUAAUCAUCCUAAAGGCCACACAGUUCCAAGACUUGAUGAAAAGGGUUUAAAAGUUAUGGAGAGUUUCAUUGAGAGGAUAUCUCAGACAUUGGCUGAGACUGAAGCAUAGACGAUUGAAGUUGCAUUGAAUUUUCAAUUAUGCAAUUUUGCUCCUCCAAGCACUAAAAAAACUGUAAUCCAAUCCAAUUAUGUUAGCUUCAUUUUUUAUGAUCGGAUAUGAAAUUAUUUUAUUUUAUGAUAUAGUGACGAUUUCAGUUCCUCUCUA